GAGAGAGAGAGAGAGAGCAAAGACACAAUUUGAAAUUACAGGACAGGAGCCUUGCAGUGGCGGCGAGCCAUGUCGAAAUUUAACGUGCCGCCACCACCUCCGCCACCUGUUCCAAGGCCGCUGUGCAAGCAGUGGUCGUGGUCUCCCGAUGCGGAGCGAGACGAGGCGUGGCAGAGGCGGAAGGGGAAUUAUAAAAGAAAUCGUCGUCUACAACGCAGCAAGAGCGUUACGAACGACGAUUUGGAAGAGUUGCGAGGGUCUAUCGAGUUAGGUUUCGGAUUCGAACCUGAUUCACCGGAACUGGAUCCGAAAUUAUCGGACACUUUACCCGCUUUAGGGUUUUAUUGUGCUGUGAAUAAACAGUAUAGUAGUAGACUGUCGAGGUCCUCGUCAACAUCCUCCAUUUUUUCUGAUGGUGAUGCCGGUAGCUCUAGUACCAUUUUUGAUGCAGGUGAAGAUCCAGAAACGGUGAAAGUGAGAUUGAGGCAGUGGGCGCAGGUCGUUGCUUGUUCCGUAAUGCAAUCCGCAGGAGACCGAGAACACGACGUCGUUUCUUCGUAAAAAAUUUACACAUUUUUGUGCUAAGUUUCAUUAUAUGGUGAUGUUAAUGUAUUAUUGAUUUUCCAUCGUUGGGUACAUACAAAUUGAUAUAGAAGCAACUAUUCAAAUUUUA